AUGGGUAAUUAAUAAUAAAGCGAAUCUUAAAGCGAGUUUCUAGAAAAGAAAUUAGAUCCCAACUAUGGAGAAAUUAGUAUCUAUAAGAAUAAAGCUAACAAUUUAAUAUUUGCUGAAAUUAAGUAGGUUUUCUUAAGCGAUACAUCAGUCGAAUCAAUAAAAGCCAGUUUAGUAAAAAGGUAAUCUGUAGAAUUUAAGUAAGAUUGCAAUUGAAUCAUAAAUGCCUGGUUAAAAUAUUAUCCUUUGAUAGUGGAAAUAUGGAUGACUUUUGCAGCUCAUACGUAGUAUUAUCAAUAACAGUUGAAUACUUGAAUGACACAUUACAUAAUGACAUCCUUCUCAGAAAGGUCCAUAAGACCACAUAUUCGGAACAAGAGCUAUGCUACAUUAUAUAUGAGAUCUCAAAUCUAUGCCAUUAUAUGAAAACGAUGAAUAAUGAAAUAAUCGAUAUUUACCCAUCUAGGAUCCUAAUUGAUGAUCAAAGAUAAAUCAAACACUUCGAUUAGUUCCUUGAAAAUUCAAGAAUUAGCAAUUAUUACCAGGUUCUCUUUAACCAAAGAGAUUUAGAGUAUGUAGCUCCAGAACAGCUGAUUCUCUUGGCAGCUCGAGAUAAAAAUGAUACUACAGAUUAAGAAUUAGUAAAUAUCUUUUGUCUGGGCCUUCUGAUGGUCAGCCUAAUGAGUGGGCAACGAUGCGUUGAAUUCUACAAUCAAGAGAAACUAUUCUUUAAAAGAGACUACGUAAAUCAACUAAUUGACAAAUAUUGUUCGAGAUACUAAUAUAGCGAUUUCUUCAAAUCAACUAUUCAAUCCAUGCUCAAAUUGCAUAAUGAAGGCAGACCCAACUAUUAAAGUCUAUUGCAGAUUCUGCAUCCACUACUAGACAGUUUUGCUACUUUCCUUAAUCCGAUUGGGAAGCAAAGAGGUAUCAAAGUUGCUUAUGUUAGAAAUGUUGGAGUCACAACUUCAUUCGUUUCACACUCAAGGAUCGCCUUCUAAAUCUGGUAUUACAGGAUGUGAUCCAGUGGAUUUCAGUGAAAUCGAUAAAAGAAUUAAGACUGCCAGAUAGAAGGCAUAAAACACUUUAGAUGAAAUAGGACUGGAUUUGAGACUGCACAAUUUUGCCACUACACAAAUAAACAUAAUUGAGGCAAGUGAAUGA